AUGGUUAAUUGUAAUCUCCAUUUUGUUGUGCUGCUUGUAAUAGCAAUAAUAAUGCAUGUUGGAAAUGCUCAGAUACGAUCUUUUAAUUUCAACAAAAACUUCAACCCAGCUCAAUCUCCUGAACUAAACCCAGAUGGAGAUGCAACUUACUCACAGUCUUUUGAUCAUAUCCAACUCACAGGAAAAACAGAUAAUGCCAAGGGAUUAGGAAGAAUCACAACCAAGCCUAUGCAUCUUAUGAAAAACAAUUCAGAACAAAGAUAUGACUUCACUACCAACUUUACCUUUGUUGUUAUCUCAAACAAGACCUACCAUGGAGAAGGUUUGGCAUUCUUCAUAGCAAGCCAUAUGCUGCCAAUUAAGAAACAUGGUAUGAACGGUGGAGGGCUUGGUCUUGUGGAACCUUGUCACCCUCACCCAGAUGAGUACUCUUUUGUGGCUGUGGAGUUUGACACUAACUCAGAUCCUUGGGACCCAAUAGGCCCAGAGCCACAUGUGGGAAUAGAUGUCAAUUCUAUGAUUUCCACCAAGCACAGCAAAUGGCCUGCAGAUUUCUCAGACAUAACCAAUGUUUACAACUGCAGUGUCGUAUACAGCGCUGGAAGCAGGCGUCUCGACGUUUACUUCACCGGAGGAUCCUUCAAUGGCCCUGUACCAAAAAACCUUUCAAGCCACUUGGAUCUCACUGAUUACUUAAAAGAUCCUGUUACUCUUGGCAUUUCAGCUUCAACACAGAAUUACACUGUUCAAUUUAGACUGCUUUCAUGGUCAUUCAUUGCAAAGUUAUCAACACCAAGUAAUGCCGGUGAUGACAACAGAAAACGGGAGAAAUUGAAGCAAGGACUAGAAAUUGGCACUGCUUGGUUUUUGAGUUUGUUAGUGUUGGUCCUGGUCUUGGAUUUCAUACGCAAGAGAGGAAGAAGAAAACAUGAACUCGAUCCUAUGGAUCAUGAAUUCCAAACUGGACCUCAGAGGAUCAGUUACAACAUAUUGGUGUCUGCCACAAAUAACUUUGAAGAGGCGAAGAAGCUCGGAAAAGGCGGCUUUGGUGGUGUUUAUAAAGGAUAUUUCAAAGAUACAGGCUCUUAUGCUGCUGUAAAGAAGAUAUCAGCAGAUUCAAGGCAAGGGAUAAAGGAAUAUGCAGCCGAAGUGAAGAUCAUCAGCCAAUUGAGACACAGGAAUUUGGUUAGACUUACUGGUUGGUGUCACAAGAAGAACGACUUCAUCCUGAUAUAUGAAUACAUGCCAAAUGGAAGCUUGGAUUCUUGUCUUUUCGACGGAGUAGGCUUCUUGUCUUGGCAGGUAAGGUACAGCAUAGCUUUGGGAUUGGCAUCAGCAUUGCUGUAUUUGCAAGAAGGGUGGGAACAGUGUGUGCUUCACAGGGACAUUAAAUCAAGCAACAUAAUGUUGGACUCAGAUUUCAAUGCUAAGCUUGGGGAUUUUGGAUUGGCCAGGCUUGUGGAUCAUGAGAAAGGUUCAAGGACCACAGUGACUGCUGGCACACUUGGUUACAUAGCGCCAGAAUACAUGAAAACAGGAAAAGUUGGGAAGGAAUCUGAUAUAUACAGUUUUGGGGUGGUUUUGUUGGAGAUAGCAUGUGGCAAAAAGGCUAUUCAUCACAUAGAGAUGGAGGGUCGUGUGACUCAAGUUUCAUUGGUAGAGUGGGUUUGGGAGCUGUAUGGGUUGAGAAGCAUCACAGCAGCAGCAGAUCCAAAUCUAUGUGUUGCAUUUGAUGUUCAACAAAUGGAAUGUAUGCUUGUUGUUGGUCUUUGGUGUGCUCAUCCAGAUUGCCAAUGCAGGCCUUCUAUAAGGCAAGUGUUGAAGGUUCUUAACUUUGAUGCUCCUUUACCCAUUCUUCCACAAAGGAUGCCUAUUCUACCACCCUAUCUUCCUCUAUCAACAAAUGAGGUCUUUUUUACUGCUAUAUCAAUCCAGAAUUGCUAUAUAGAUAACUGA